GAUCAGAGAUCACAGAUCAGAAGAGAGUUAGAGUCCCCCCUUAUAGCAUCGUGGAAUAUGUUCAAGCUACUCGGCCUCACGCUGCUCUGCACGGCGGUUCUGGCGCGCCCCGAGCCUCCGGUCAACUCCUACCUCCCGCCGUCCGAUAGCUAUGGAGCGCCCGGCCAGAGCGGCCCAGGAGCACAGGGCGGUGGCACAGGCGGUCGUCCCUCGGAUUCUUAUGGUCCUCCCGGCCUAGGACAAGGACAGGGACAGGGACAAAGACCGGGACAAGGCGGCUUUGGCGGCAAACCCUCCGACAGCUAUGGUGCCCCUGGUGCUCCAGGUGCUGGUGGCAACGGCGGCGGCGGCGGACGUCCCUCCAGCAGCUAUGGCGCUCCAGGACAAGGCCAGGGUCAGGGCCAGGGCCAGGGACAGGGUGGCUUCGGCGGACGUCCCUCCGACUCGUAUGGCGCUCCAGGAGCUUCCGGUAAUGGCAAUGGCAACGCUGGACGUCCUUCAAGCAGUUACGGUGCUCCGGGCCAAGGACAAGGCGGUCGUCCUUCCAGCAGCUAUGGUGCUCCAGGUGCAGGAUCCGGCGGUCGUCCCUCAGACUCUUACGGCGCUCCAGGACAGGGCCAAGGACAGGGCCAAGGACAGGGACAAGGACAAGGCGGUUUAGGCGGUCGCCCAUCGGACUCUUAUGGUGCUCCUGGUAAUGGCAAUGGCGGCGGUGGCAGCGGCAGCGGCGGACGUCCCUCUAGCAGCUACGGCGCUCCCGGACAGGGCCAAGGACAGGGCCAGGGCCAAGGCGGUUUCGGCGGACGUCCUUCCGACUCUUAUGGCGCCCCAGGAGCUUCCGGUAAUGGCAACGCUGGACGUCCUUCCAGCAGCUAUGGUGCACCUGGUGCUGGCUCUGGCUCCGGUUCCGGCUCGGGCGGUCGUCCCUCCGACUCCUAUGGGCCUCCCGCGUCCGGUGCAGGUGCUGGCGGUUCCGGCGGACCUGGCGGCAGUGGCGGCGGCGGCGCUGACUACGACAAUGAUGAGCCGGCCAAGUACGAGUUCAAUUACCAGGUCGAGGAUGCCCCCAGUGGGCUCUCGUUCGGGCAUUCAGAGAUGCGCGACGGUGACUUCACCACCGGCCAGUACAAUGUCCUCUUGCCCGACGGAAGGAAGCAAAUCGUCGAGUAUGAGGCGGACCAGCAGGGCUACCGGCCACAGAUCCGCUACGAGGGCGAGGCCAACGAUGGCAGCGGCGCCAGCGGUCCUGGUGGCCAGAAUCUGGGCGCCGAUGGCUACUCGAGCGGCCGUCCUGGCGGCAAUGGCAACAGCGCUGGACGCCCAGGCGGACAGGAUCUCGGCCAGGGUGGCUACUCUGGCGGACGCCCUGGAGGUCAGGAUUUGGGCCAGAGCGGCUACUCCGGUGGACGCCCUGGUGGCCAGGAUUUAGGCCAAAAUGGUUACUCCGGUGGUCGUCCAGGCGGUCAGGAUCUCGGACAGAAUGGCUACUCCGGCGGACGCCCAGGCGGACAAGAUCUCGGUCAGAGUGGUUACUCCGGCGGACGCCCUGGUGGUCAGGACUUGGGUCAGAAUGGUUACUCAAGCGGACGGCCUGGCGGCAACGGCGGCAACGGCGAUGGCGGCCGCGUGACCAUCGCUGGACGCAUCACUGGAGGUCAAGAUUUAGGACAGGGUGGCUACUCUGGUGGCCGUCCAGGUGGCCAGGAUCUCGGCCAGAAUGGCUACUCCGGCGGACGUCCAGGAGGUCAGGACUUGGGACAGGGUGGCUACUCUGGCGGACGCCCAGGUGGCCAGGAUCUCGGCCAGAAUGGCUACUCCAGCGGCAAGCCAGGCCAAGGACAGGGUCAGGGCCAGGGCCAGGGUCAGGGUCAGGGCCGCAACGGCUUUGGUCCCGGUGGCCAGAAUGGCGACAACGAUGGCAGUGGCUACAGAUACUAGGGCGCCAGACAGGACAGGAUAACACAGGACAAUCUUACACGUAGAUCGAUUCCAGGACACAUUAGCUAGAACUUUUCAGUAAUUAGAACUUAAGAACUUCCCCCUAGAACUAUGACCCUCAGCCCCCUCCCGCCCAUUCUGAGUCCAAU